UUAGUCAGAUUCUGUACCUAGGUUUUUAUUUGGGUUGAAUUAGUUUUAGUUUUUAUUUGCUCGUGCCUUCUUCGUCUUCGUUGAAAGUCUUGAGCAAAACCCAAAUUUAUAUGAUGAAAACCCAGAUCUAGAAGCAUCAAGUUCUAGAGAUAAUCAUGUUCAUGAUGGUAUUAUUUGUCAUUAUUGUUUAAAAAGGGGACAUUAUAUUCAACAGUGCUAUACUAGAAAGAAUUUCUUUAAGAUGAAUUUAAAGUGGGUUCCUAAGAAAAUUUCUACUUGUUCGACUAACUUAAAUGGACCCAAGAAAGUUUGGGUACCAAAAUCUAGUGCUUAAGUUGUGUUUUCAAGGAAGCUUGAAGGAAAAUUUAAAAAAAAAAAGUUUAUUAUGUAAAAGCAUAUUUUGAGGGGGAGCUUACACUUAUUAUCUUUAUUAUUUUAUGGCAUGGUUUUGUCAUCAUCAAAAAGGGGGAGAUUGUUAGGUUCUCUUUGUAUUUUGAUGAUGAUUUUAAACCAUGAUUCAAAAGAGUUUAAUCUAUUUUUGUGCUAAGUGUGCAGGAAAAUUAAUCCAAGGUUUCUAAUCUUUCCCCACGAUUAGAAUUAAUUCAUGUUCCUCCUUGUUCAGAGUUCUGGAUUCGAACCAAUUUAUUUUGGUUCGAAUCAAUCUCGGACUUUUGUUUUCCGAAAAUGGUUUGAAGCAAUAUUUCUGGCUUCGAAGCAAUAUUUCUGGCUUCGAAGCAAAAAUUCUGGAAAGUUAAUUUUGACAGCUCAACUAUCUGUUUACUCUUAAUGGGUCAUAGGGGAUCUAAAUGCCUUAGCACUUUCCAAGACAAGUUAGAAGAAAAAGGUGGAACCUUAUUGGAGCUUUUUUUGCUUGCUAUCACUGCUAUACGAAGAUGGAAAUUGUUUCAGAUGGAUGUGAAAAAUGCUUUUCUUAAUGGUGACCUAGAAGAAGAAGUUUAUAUGAAACCACCUCUUAGGCUCAACCAUCCUCCAAACAAGACCAAGUCAGAAGCCUUAACAGCCUUUAAAAAUCUCAAAGCCUUGGCUGAGAAUGAGGCUGACAGAUCUGUAAAGGUUGUGCAUACAAAUUGUGCAUACCUCAAGGCUUCAAGAAAGGCAGAAAAGGAAAGUCUGCUUGCAGCAAAACAUAGUACUAGAGGAAGUAUGCCAACAACACCAGAACUGGAAUCUGGAACUAGUUCAAGACCUCAACGUAAAAAGAAAAGACCAGCAUGGUUAAAGGAUUAUAAGGUAAAAAAUCUACCUCAAGAUGAUGUUCCAGUUACUCAUUUUGCUUUAUUUGCAUAUUGCGAUCCAUUAACAUAUGAAGAAGCUGUUAAAGAAGAAAAGUGGAAAAAAGCCAUGGCAAAAGAAAUUGGUUCUAUUGAAAGGAAUCAGACUUGGGAGUUGACAGUUCCAGAAAGGCACAAGACAAUUGGUGUUAAGCGGAUCUACAAGACAAAGCUCAAAGAAAAUGGGGAGGUUGACAAAUUCAAAGCUCGCUUAGUGGCAAAGGGUUACAAGCAAGAGUUUGGCAUUGAUUAUCAAGAAGUUUUUGCUCUAGUUGCAAGGAUGGACACCAUCAGAUUGGUGACAGCAUUGGCAGCACAGAACUCAGGGCCAAUUUACCAGCUUGAUGUGAAAUCGGCCUUCUUGCAUAAAGAUAUGCAAGAACAGGAAGGUUUUCAAAAGUACCUUUAUGAGCAUACACUUUACAUCAAAUUUGGAGAUGGAGGGAAGGCCACAACCAGCACAGAUGUGUUUGCUUUUGGUGCACUUUUGCUAGAAGUUGCCUGUGGAAGAAGGCCGCUUGAGCCACGAGCUGAAACAGAUGAUUUGAUUCUGGUUGAUCUGGUGUUUUCGUUCUGGCAAAGAGGGGAGAUUCUUGGGGUCAAAGAUCCAAAAUUAGGGACGGAUUUUGUUGCAAAGGAAGUGGAAUUGGUACUGAAGCUGGGGCCGCUCUGUUCGCAUUCAAACCCCACAGCCAGGCAGAGCAUGCGCCGAGUGGUCCAGUACUUAGAAGGGGAUAUUCCUUUACUGGGCUUAUCAGCACUAGGUCUGACUGCCAAUGGCCUAACAUUUGCCCAUGGUGAAGGUUUUGAUGACUUUGCCACGUCCUAUACGUUUUCCACGGGUAAAGUAUACACGCAUUCCUCUUCAUCAAUUGCAGAAUCCCUACUUUCAGGAAGACGAUGAAUCUUAAACUUUUGUCUUUUAUUUGUGUUUUGAUCUUUAUAGUUGUUACCAAAUAUGUUAUACUCUUGUUUAGAGUCUUUAGACAAUGUAAUAAGCUUCUCUCAUUAUGAGUAUUCCUCCUUUUGCUAAGAAGGGAGUUUGAAAUUUUGAAUAAUCAAAAUAAUUUCAA